AUGGGUGCCCUUAAGUAUGUCGAGGAACUUCAGAAGAAGAAGCAGUCGGACAUGAUGCGCUUCUUGAUGCGCGUUCGCUGCUGGGAGCUUCGCCAACUGAAGGUCAUCCACCGCGCCAGCCGCCCCUCGCGCCCCGACAAGGCCCGCCGUCUUGGGUACAAGGCCAAGCAGGGCUACGUUAUCUACCGCGUCCGUGUCCGCCGCGGUGGCCGCAAGAGGCCCGCUCCCAAGGGCGCCACUUACGGCAAGCCCACUAACCAGGGUAUCAACCAGCUCAAGUACCAGCGCUCCCUCAAGUCCACCGCUGAGGAGCGUGUCGGUCGCCGCUGCGCCAACCUCCGCGUCCUCAACUCCUACUGGAUCAACCAGGACUCGACCUACAAGUACUACGAGGUCAUCCUGGUCGACCCUCAGCACAAGGCCAUCCGCCGCGAUGCCCGCAUCAACUGGAUCGCGAACCCCGUCCACAAGCACCGCGAGUCUCGUGGUCUCACCGCCACCGGCAAGAAGAGCCGUGGUCUCGGCCGUGGUCACAAGUACAACAACACCACCGCUGGUCGCAGGAAGACCUGGAAGAGGCACAACACCCUCUCUCUCUGGCGCUACAGGUAA